AUGAAUCGGUAUACAAUUUUAGGUCAGCUGGGCGACGGCUCUUUUGGAGUGGUGAGCAAAGCUCAGCACUCCAUUAACGGGGAAAUAGUGGCGGUAAAAAAGAUGAAGCAACGAUUUUCUAGUUGGGAGGACUGCCUGCAGCUUCGUGAAGUUCAAUCGCUUAGGAAGUUGCAGCACCCAAAUAUUGUGAAGCUCAAGGAGGUGGUGCGGGAAAAUGCAGAGUUGUUUUUGAUAUUUGAGUACAUGGAAAUGAAUUUGUUCAAUAUUCAGCGAAUGCGAACAGAACAGAUGAGUGGGACACAAGGUUGCUUUAAUGACCGUGAAAUUCGUAGUAUCAUGUGCCAGACCCUACUAGCUGUGCAGGCAAUUCACAAGGGUGGUUUUAUGCACCGUGAUUUAAAGCCAGAGAACUUGCUGACAAGGGGGGAUAUUGUGAAGGUGGCUGAUUUUGGCUUAGCGAAAGAGAUUCGCUCUCGGCCGCCCUUUACGGAAUACGUCUCAACCCGUUGGUACAGGGCGCCUGAGAUUAUCCUGCGUUCUACUCAUUAUAAUUCCCCAAUAGACAUAUGGGCGUGUGGUGUGAUUUUUGCGGAGUUGUAUCUUAAUCGUCCCCUCUUUCCAGGGUUAUCGGACAGUGACCAACUGUUCAAGAUAUGCUCAGUGUUAGGGGCACCAGUCCCAUCAGAGUGGGAUGAGGGAUAUCAAUUAUCACGGCGUCUAAAUAUGCGUUUUCCCACUGUUGCACCUACACCGCUGCGACAAAUCCUUCCGAACACUCCAUCAGCUGCCAUUGACUUGAUGGAGCAAAUGUUGCGGUUUAAUCCAAGUGAUCGUCCCACAGCCACGCAAUGCUUGAAGCAUGCCUAUUUCACAGGGGCCACCAACGUUUCGGGAGCAGGGGGGACAACAACAGCCUUGUAUGCGGGCAUCAGCACAGGGCAACCACAUAACCCGUUUCAGCUUUUCUCAACGCAAGCUUCAGCGCCCAAUGGACCAUCUCACGGGAGUGUGGGUCUUAGGACUAAUGGGGGAAGCUCACCUCCUGCAUUAUGUUCUACCUCGAGGCUUCUUUCCCCUGACUCAAGCAUACCUGGACUUCAUCCGUAUGUCAAUGUCGUGCGCUCUGCUCCACAGAGAGUUUCUAAGGCAACCACUAACGAUGAUGAAUUCAACUUUUAG